UGCCAUCUGUGAGAGAGUGUCAUCUCUAGGCACUUUUUUUGGUAAAAAACUUGGCAAAAACAAUAAUUUCAUCUAAACAAUAAUAUGGAAAGGGAUUUUCUAAAUUGGGUGUUGCCAUAGAGGACCUGACAUUUUAAUAUCACGGAAAACAGACGAAUUGAGAAAUCAACGCCUUCCUGAAAUUGACGCGUGUUAAAUGCAAACAAGAAAAUUCCAACACAGACCUUGAGUGCCAACACAGACACAGGCACACCUGCCCCGCACAUACAUACAUACAAAACGUCAAAGGGUCGAAAGUUAGGGGUGCAACGAACCGAUCCCUGUUUUCGCACAGGAAGUGAGUUUUAAGUGACUAGCAGCAGGAUCUUCAGCUGCCUCCGGUUCCAAGAUGGUAAACGUGCCCCCUCUGUUGUGUAGCACGCCCCCACCAAUCGACUUUGGUGAGGAGGAUGACGAUUCCGGUUUGCAGUCCACCAUGCCUCUCGAAGACGGUGACGAGUUCCCAGAGUAUGGCUUAGUCAGCAACGCAAAAGAGCCACCUUCGUCACUGGACUCUGUGGUCGAGUUCCCCGAGAAGCCGCCCGAUUACCUCCAGGGAAUGAAAAAAGAUAGCGCUGUGGAGGCGUUCAAUUACCAAGUCAAACAGUCGGCUGGCGACUACGAUGUUUACAGAGAAGUGGCGCCACCCACGCCUCCACCUUUUAAUUCUGAAUCUGAGGAAGAAAAUCAGAAAAGGGAGUGUGAAGCAGAGCCCGAGCUAGACCUGGAAGAGGAGGUUCCCUCGUUGAAACUGGAUAGCCUAAGUCUAUACUCAACGGAAAGCGGUUCCGCCGCCUCUACUCUGUCGCCAGUGCAAGUCGAUGAGGAACCAGAGAUGGAGGCAGUACAUCCAGUGAUGCCAAAAACCAAAGCAAAUGUCCUCAGCCACCAAGUCACGCUGGAGGAUGUUACCGAUGACAGCGACGAGGAGUGCUCCCCAAAGAAGCCCAAAGAAUUAUUUAUACGCGAGGGAGCCGAGGAUUUCUUUGCCAUUGAAGUAGUGCCCACAUGUGAGCUUUCAAAUGGAGAGCCCAAGGAGCACCCCUCCAAAAAGAGUUCCGAGGACGCCGAGAGGAGUGUUUCUGGAGUUGUGGAUACUCCAAACGGGACUACGGGGAUAAGCGAGUGGGAUGAUAUUAGCAAAGAAGCGCAAAGACAGCCAGAAAAAACCGCCGAUUCUACGCUCUUUCACUUCUCGGACUUUCAAGUGGAUUCAAAAGAAGUGCCAUUGCAGCAGAUAAAUCCAGGAGCGGAUGCGGAAGCAGACAACGACUUCGACGACUUUGUGGAUUUCGCAGACUUCUCCAAUGGGGAACCUCAAGCUCCUUUCACACUAACAGCCCCAGUUACAUCUUUGCCGAGUCAAAUUCCUGUGCUGGAGCCUCCAAGCCAAACCAUUUUACCACAAGACGCUGCCGAUGAUGGCUUUGACGACUUUCAGGAGUUUGCCUCGUCGGCGUCGCCUCCACCUCCACCUACUCAAGCCAUUCCAGCUACUCAAAACCAAAUCGAGGAUAACGCGGAAGAGGACGACGACGAUUUCGGCGACUUCUCCGAACCCGUUGUGUGUCAAGUUUCAGUCCCUCCGCCCCCGCCGCCAGCAGCAGUGCACCUUAGUAUCAAUGAGCGGGUGAAGCCCGUGCUGGAUUCCAUGUUUCCCAGGGACAAUGCUGGAGUUCAAGAAAAACCCAGCACAGACCACCAAAGACCCCUAGGACAGUGCCAGCGGUUCAAUUUCGGUGCCAUUGAGCAGGCCAGGGCGCUUGACUACCAGUGGAGCAGCUCGGAGAUGAGACACGCCCUCGUGAGAUCCCUGGGCAUCGAUCCAAGAAAUAUACUCUUUGGCGAGAAGUGGAACUCGUCAAUGCCGCGCUUUGCAGCCAACCUGAGCUUCGAUCCCCUAAAGCCGCUGAAGCCACUGACGCCCUCCAACGCCAUCCCGCAGCAGGACGCUGUCUCCAAUCCCACCACCAGCUUCCCAGAAUCACAUGUACAGACUUUACAAUUGGAACAACUAGACCAACUAACGGUGGUGGCUAAUGCUGAUAAAAUAAAUCUUGUUACCUCUAACUCCCACACCAAAAACAACAAUUCCUGCGUCGAUGACGUCGUUGCUGCCACUCCGUUUGCUCACCGUUUGGAUGACAAAUCACCGAAACCGAAACCGCCUGUGAUGGAUUCCACGUCCCAAAACAAUCAAACCGAACAAAACCAACUGACAAUCGAUUUGCACCACUCUGCCACAACCACCCCACAUUUUGCAACCACCUGCAAAACCAACAACAACAAUAAUAACUAUAUCAAUCGUACUAACAAUCAUUCAAUUACUGCAACUAUAUCAAUUGACACUAACCCCACUGCUCACGACGCCUCCUUGCUGGAAUUUAGCCUGGAAACAGCAGCAGGCGCAUCCCAAGCGGGCCAAGCUGAAACGCGGACUGGCCCGUCUCAUGGGGAAGGCUUCCCCGCCGACGCCUUCUCCCUCAACAGCGCGACCUCUGGCUUCGCCGUCUGUGAUGAACGCGUCCUGCCGAGUCCUGCCGCAGGAUGCGAGCCGAAGCACCCUACUGAGCCCCCAGCAGCAACACCAGCAGCAGUUGUUGCUGCAACAACAGCGGCACUACCGACUGCUCUACCAGCAGACAGCCCUGCCCACCAGCUCAACGGUGGUGAGCAGCUGCAUCAGCAGCAGCCGGAGUCGGAGCAGCUUAAUUUGAGAGCCACUAGCUCACCCUUGCCGGAGGAGAUCAUGGGCGGCUCGGUGGCCAGCUACGCCGUGCCGCUGAAGGAGACCCACAUCUACACUCCCUCGAAGUCGGACACUGCAGUGGCCAAGACCACCAUGGCGCCCAUUGACUUUGACUACGAGAUGGCCGCCACGGGCAUCAAGAUCGACGAGACGGUGGUGAAGAAGGAGUACCGCGAUGUGGAGUACAAGCCUCCGUUUAGUUUGGAUUCGCCCAGCAAAGUCCCUGCCACUUUUGAGUUGCCCCCUCCCGACCAGAAGCCAGAGGACGACGACUUCAGUGACUUUCAAUCGAUGCCGGCCCCCAAGUCGAAGCUGGAGGCACCCACUUUCGGGGAACAAAUGAUUCUCAGUCCUGCCAUCCUGCUGCCCCAAGCCAUUCCGUUGGCCAAGAAAACAGCCGCAGCUACCUCUAUCGAGUGGGGCGACAAUUCCUUGGCCAGCAUAAACGCGGAGGAGAUGGCUCGGAUAGAGGAGCUAUUUUCUAACCAAUCCAAGACCCCGACCAUCAGCGCCUCGGUGGCGAAGAAGCCUAAGCCCCCGGCCCAAACUCAACAACCUCCAACUGUAAGCCAGGAUCCGGUACCGGCACCCAGUAACAGCACCAUCGUUUCCCAUCAGGAAGAAGACGAGUGGUCGGACUUCGUGUCCGUCCCAGUUCCUGCCCCGGCUGCUCCUGCUCCUCCGAGCAACAACAACAAUUUUAGCAGCGUGAUCUCAUCAACCAAAUCAGCCCCCAAGGAGGACGAGUGGUCCGAUUUCGUAAGCAGCACCUUGCCUGCUCCUCCCGCACCUCAGUUCAACUCCGGGGCAUGGCAGAGCGCCAACUUCUACAACAACCCUCUGAGCCUGUACCAGCAGCAGCAACAGCACCACAGCAACCUGAUCCCGGCGAGGAACAACAACAACAACAAUUGUACGCCGUCGCUGCCCCAGCAGAUCCACAUCAUGCAUGACUUCUCCACGGCACCUGUUUCCGGCAACUUGGCGGCCACUGGGAUCACCUACCAGCAGCAGCACCAGCGCCAGCAGUUCCAGAUCGGCAACGCGAAGGUGGCCCCUCGGAUCUCGCUGAUACCCGAUCUCAGUUUCGUGGCCCCGGCCCUGCCCACAAAUGCCGGCGCGUUCAUGGGCGUGCUGCCGAAGCCGAGUUUCGGGGGAGGCGGGAAGAAAUGACACAAGAAGAAGCACCAGCUUGCAGGUGGAUCACGUCUCCUGGGCGGUGGAGGAGGGGGCGGCGAGGCUCCCGUUCUCACAUAGGGCGGGAGUUUAGGGCGUUGGGUCAUGGGCGACAGUCAGUAUUAUGAAUCCGUCUGAUAUUACCGUAAAACCGUCACAUAUAGAGAACACGCGUAGUUUGCUGCAAGCUGUGUUUCAUGUUGUUGUUGUUGAAUUUUAUGACAUCGUUGUUGUUGGUGUGCAUGUUGUUGUUUAGAUAUUGGCUUAAAAACUAGAAGGCAGCCAAGACUUGGUGCAAUAUUUGAAUCGAGCUAUAUUUUAUAAUUGUUAAACAAAUCCGUCAAAAAGCAAGCUACGAAUUAAACAUUUUAUUUUUUAUUAGCUCCCCA